GAAUGAAAAAUAUUGCUUCCAACACGUGUUUUAUUGUCGCCUUUUUAACUAACACUAAACUACUGUGAUAACAAACCCAAAAAAUGGCUUUGAAACUGAAAACUUUUAAAAACGUUAAUGGAAUUUUAAAUAGACGUAAUGACAUUCUUUAUGGUUGCCCGCAAAAGUCGUCAGCCACCUCUCGUAUUCUUGUAUUUUUCGGUGGGGACACACAAGAUUUUCGAGAAAAUAUGGCCCAACAUAAAGACAGUACAUCUUUCCGAAAAUGGAGUUUCGAAAACACGGCACAUAUAAUGUCAGAAAAAUUUCCCCAAAAUCAUAUCCUCAUAAUUCGACCUGCAAGGAGAAAGGUAUUACCAAAAGCUGUUAUAAAUUGCUUUGAUAAUUUCGUAAAAGGAAGUGAAUAUGGAGCACCCACUUUUGCUCCAAAUUACAGCAGUUUAUUGCAUUUAAAAACGCUUCUUGAAUCGUUGGCGAAAUCCGUUACUCAAAUUUCAAAAGAAAUUUUAAACGAAGGGGAAUUAUCGCUGAUGGGAUUCAGUAAAGGCUCGGUUGUAUUAAAUCAAUUCCUUCACGAAUUUCACUAUUAUCAAAAUCCUCAAGAGCAAAACGAUGAAAUCGUCAAAUUUAUAUCUCGAAUUAAAGAAAUGUGGUGGCUAGAUGGAGGCCAUCCAGGCCAAAAGGAUACUUGGAUCACGGAUAAAGCAAUACUAGAUUCGUUUAUAAAAUUAGGAAUCGACGUUCACGUAGAUGUCACACCCUAUCAAAUUAACGACAGUCAGCGGCCAUGGAUUCGUAUCGAAGAACAAACAUUUUCCGAAACUUUGCAAAAAGGAGGGGCUAAUAUACAACGGCAUUUACAUUUUGGAGACCAGCCUCGCAAAUUGGAAUAUCACUUUACGGUCUUAAAAAAAAUAAAUGUGUAGAGUAGCAUUUUGAUUCUAAAAGAACCAUUAAAUUUUACUAAUGAUAAUGGGAAUUAUUUUCCUUUUUCAUCAUUUUCAUUAUUUUCCUUCAGCAUUCUCUCACUACUGUUAUUUUUGUAUAAAUAUUAAAUUAAGAUUAAUAAUAAUGAUAUUGAAUUAA